AUGCACCCCGGUCGGAUGUGGAAUGGCGAGAGUCGAUCCAUCGAUCGACUCGGGGCAUGGAUCGACGCUGGUAACGAUGGUGGCCCAAGCCUGGGAUUUCGAUGUGCCCGUGGAGACAUCGUCGUCGUGAUCGUGGAACGCAGCACGCAUCGUCUCGACAUGCCCCGGCACUAG